CAGGUAUGGUUUUGUUUUUCCUAAUGGCUACAUGGCUAAUGUUGAUUAUCAUGUUGUAAAUGUUUUGCCAAAAAUACAAACCAUAAUGCAAAAAAAAUUUCAGUGUCACAAAGAAGAGCAGCCCGUAGUAGCAGGACAAAUGUUGCACAGGAGGAUGCUGCUGCUGCUACAGGUAAAGUAUCCUUGUUGGGUUUUUUUUGCCAAAAUAUUUUUAUGAAAAUACACUAAUGUAUUGUGUUUUUCCAUAGUCCCAUCCAGGCAACAGCUUAGUCCGCAAAUGCGCACAGGACAACCAACAUCCAGCCGCAAACACGUGGCGUUGAAAAGACCACGCCCAGAUCUCCCGAUGCCCACAUCUGCAUCUCCCCCUCACAGACGCAUGUCUACUGUGUCCUCAAGGCCACCAUCACAAUUACUGGCACCUUCCCCAACACAGGAAGCAGAAUCCCCUCAUCUGGCUGAUGAUGACAGCAUGCCCACGGACCAGCAGACACUGCAAACUGAUGCCACGUUUGUUCUGGAUCUCCGCCCAUUACAGACAACGCAACCUAGCACGGUACCUGUGGCCACGCCUCCACAACAAACAAGUCCGCAACCAAUAAUGAGCCCAAGUACACCACUGGCUCAAACUGAAGAGCAGACAUUUUGGGCCAACUGGGCAAACCACCAGAGGCUCAAUUCAGACUGUCUCCAAAGACAAAAUCAGCUGCUGGCAAGUCUGCCACAUUACAUGCCACGCAUAAGUCGAAAUCUCAGCAGAGAACAUUUGGAAACCAGUCGUGUGGCGACUUGUCUGGCGCAAAUGCGGGCAGAAAACAGCACCAUGAUGACCACUUUACAGAGAAUUCUGGAUGAACAAAUGAGGCAACACCAAAACUACCUGCAUCUCCUUGAAAGGAACAAUAGCCUUACAGAAAGUCUGGGUAGAAUUAUAGAGAAUAACACGGCCUCCAAUAACCAAUUAAAUGCUACACUCACUAACUUAAGCCACAACAUAAGUGCUUUACACUCCCAACAAGCGAGCACUAGCUCAGGAACUACAACUCCAAUAAAUACCCCAGUGACCUCCCCAAUAAGGAGGUCAAGCAGAUCAAGACCUCAUGUCCCUGGCCCCACCUCUGAAGCCUUCAAGGCUACACGAAAAAAAUAAAGCCAGCCUCUGCAGAUGGCAGAUGCAUAAGUGGGGUUAACACUGUCUGUUGACGUUUGCAAUGUACACACUUUCACACUUUA